GAGAGAGGAGAGCGAGAGAGGAGGGAGGGAGAGAGAGGAGAGCGAGAGAGGAGGGAGGGAGAGAGGGAGGGAGGAGGGAGAGAGAGAGAGAGGAGGGAGGGAGAGAGGGAGGGAGGAGGGAGAGAGGAGGGAGGGGUUUUUUCCACCUUGUCUUCUAAUUAGCCCUCCUCUGCCUUGGUGCUCUCAGUCCUCGGCUGUGUCCCAAACGCAACACAUCCCAUCAGUCGCUGAGAAAGAGACACGUACACGAGAAGAGCGAGACAAACAGAGAGAGAGAGAGAGAGAGAGAGAGAGCUCGUGCUGGUUUUUUUCUGGGGAGUUUUUUUUUGGUGAGACAAAAUCAGGUCUAGAAUUAGUUUUAGUUUGAGGACUGAAACUGUUUUUCCCCUUUAAUAAAGGCGAACAGUAGAACUAACAGGAGAGAGAGAGAGAGAGAGAGAGAGAGAGAGAGAGAGAGAUUAAAGGCAGUGCAGGCAUGAUGUCCUACAUUAAGCAGCCUCAUUACGCAGUGAACGGGUUAACGCUGUCCGGCCCGGGCAUGGACCUCCUCCACUCUGCCGUCGGCUACCAGAACACACCCCGGAAGCAGCGGCGUGAGAGAACCACGUUCACACGCGCGCAGCUUGAUGUGCUCGAGGCGCUGUUCGCUAAAACGCGUUAUCCCGACAUCUUCAUGCGCGAGGAGGUGGCGCUAAAAAUCAACCUGCCCGAGUCCAGAGUUCAGGUCUGGUUCAAAAACCGUCGUGCUAAGUGUCGGCAACAACAGCAACAGAGCAGCGGACAGCCGAAACCUCGGCCUCCCAAAAAGAAAUCGUCCCCUAACCGAGACACGACCUCUGACCCUGCAAAUACUAAUGCUAUUGCUAAUGCGCCCUACAGUCCAGUGGCUCCACCCCCUCCAGCCCCACCGACAGCCAUCACUCCAAGCUCAACUGGCACAAAUGCUAACGCGAGUGUCUCCAUCUGGAGCCCUGCGUCCGUCUCGCCAUUGGCUGAUCCACUCUGCGUGUCGAGUAAAACCGCGUACGCAAUGACGUACGCUCAGACUCCAGCCUACGCUCCGGCCUACGCAACUUCCUCGUCUUAUUUCAGCGGCCUAGAUUGCAGCUCAUACCUCUCCCCAAUGCACGCACCACUCUCGGCUACUGGGAGUGGCCCCCUUAGCCCUAUAGGCUCUUCCUCCUCCAUGGCUCUGGGCCAAUCACAGGUCUCGCAAGGUUAUGGCCCCGCCUCCCUCGGUUUUAGCACCAUUGAUUGUCUGGACUACAAUAAAGACCAAACAGCUUGGAAGCUCAACUUUGGUGCAGCAGAUUGCCUGGACUACAAAGACCAGAAUUCCUGGAAGUUCCAGGUGUUAUAGGCAGGGGGCGCA